AUGAGGGCCUGCUUGUUCCUCCUCGCCAUCGUCGGCGCGUGCAGCGCCAACAUCCUCCGCCACCAGUUCUACCCUCAAAUGGACCUGGUCUUCCAACCCUUGGACACCGAGCUUCCAUUCAGACGUCCAGUGGACAGCCAAGAAAGAUACAUCUACGAAGACAACAGCGACUACCCAGCCCCACGCGUCGUCUCUAAGGAAUUCUCGUCACCCUUUUUCAGUAAGGUCAUCCGUGAAGAAAUCCCCAAAUACGGAGAUUCUGUCGCCUGGAAGGCUCCAAUGGUUUAUAUGACAAACGCGCGCAGCCCCUUCGUCCGCAUGAUCGCACCCAACAGCCCAUUUUUCGAAACUCUCCAGAAGCAAUUGGGUUACGGCGAAUUCAGGCUGCCCAAGGAGCUGAUCCACACCAUCGGCGGUGACAUGUGCGAGAAGCAAGUAGGCUGCAAAUACUUGUGCUCCAACGUAAACUUCGUUGUCUCAGGUUUGAACCCAUUGAACAUGGACGUCGAUUUGAUCCACGAAAUCGUGUCCCACUUGCCCGCGGGAGCUUCAACCCGCCAGAUGAAGCAUUACGGUCAAGCUUUAUCAUCAGAUGAAUUCAGGAAGUACGAUUACGGUAUCGACACCAACACUGCAGUGUACGGCACGACUGCGCCACCCAAAUACAACAUGACUGAAGUUAAGGUGCCAGUAGCCAUUUACUGGAGUGAAGAUGACUGGUUGGCGCAUCCUAUGGAUGUCGAGAGGCUGCACAGAGAGCUGCCAGACGUGAGAGACUACUACAAGGUCCCAGAAGAACACUUCACCCACAUGGACUUCCAGUUCUCCCGCAGAGCCCCCGUCGUCAUCAAUCAGAGAUUAGUAGAAUCCAUCAAAAAUAGACACUACUAA